CACCUUACCUCAUAAAAAUUCUCGUUUACUCCCAUUUUUAAAUAAAUUGACUUUAAAAUUCUGUCCAUUCUGUUUAUAUUUUUUUUACUCUUCUUCUCAAUUUUAGCAGCAAUCUAUAAAAUGUACUUCUGGAUAAAGAAUGCAACACUUUCAAAUUCAACUCAUACAAACAAAUUAAAAUCUCCUGUGGAGUCAGGAGCUUACACGACGGAAAAGCAGAACAAACAUAACUAUUACUUCACUCUUUUCAUUUGCCUUUUGCUGACACCAUUGUCUUUUUAUUUUGUUGUGGCCGGCAUUUCAAAAUCUUUGGACUGUCAAGCAGAACCUAACCUCCUAUUUUGGAUGAUUCUCGCUGGUGUUGGUAUUCUUUCAGACGUGGUGAUCACUUUUAUUAACCUCCACAGAAAAAUCAAGUAUUCUCAAGACAUUGAAAAGGAUAUCGAACAAACUACAAAAAUUAAAGAAGAAAAAACAGCUCUUUUGUCAAUCUUUCAGAAGUCAAUAAGAUUAUCAAUGUUUGGACUAUCAAUAAUCGGUUUUUUUCGGAGUUUUUCGGUGUUUUUUAAUGGAAGUAUAAUGCCCGAUUGCUCUUAUUUAGUAAUAUGGCCUACAUUUGUUUUGUCAUUUCUCAUUUUAUUGCUCUCAAUUUUUGUGAUUAUUUAUUAUUCUUGUAUUGCGUGUUGCACAAUUUUAGAUCGUUUUGAUGAAAAUUAUAAGCAUUGAACCGGGAUUAAAAUUUUGGAAAAUCUAGA